GAAAAAUGAAAUGGUUCAAAAAAAGCGGUGACACACCCCGUCUCCUAAGUCUCUCACCUUUGCGAGUCGACCAAUCGGAGCAGAGGUUGCUGGUGACUCCAUCUAUGAGCGGCAACGAUGAAGUUGCAAGACCUUCGCACAGUCGAAGAUCACGAAUAGAUCAAUCUGGUGGUACCUGGUCACCAAGAAAAUCCUCCAGCAAUUGCUACAGAAUCAACAAUACCUCGUCAACAUCAUCUUCAACAUCCAACGAUGUUGUCAACCUAAAUUCCAGUUACCAUUUGUCAAGUCAACAAAAAUCUAAGACUUUGAAUGCCUUGUUGACGAAUCGUCAACAAAGUGUUGAAGAAGACUUCCAAAACUUCCAGAAAACUCACCAGAGAAAAACUUUGGAGAGGAGUGGUAAUUUGGAAAAAAGGAGUUUUGGGGAUGAAGAUAAAAGUGAGUUAGAUGAUCCUGAUGGUUCCCUAAAAAUAGGCGACAUCCACAACCUCCUGCACACAAGUACCCCAAAAUCUAAGGUCAAAAUCGAUUCCUUGUGCUUCACUGCUAAAUUAAAAUCAAUGUCCGACAGGUAUCUCAAAGCAUCCACCCACAGAAUCCUGGCAAAGUUGUACCGCCAGCAAAAUUCAACAGAAUACGAUUUGACCACUUUGGAAACAUCAACACUAAAUGACCAGCCUGAUGAUCAUCCUGGACGAACCAGGACAAACAUUACACCUAAUAAUUCAGCAAUUUCCAAUAUCAGUCAUCGGAGAAAACGAGGGACUGCCAAAUUGAGGAGCUUUUCAUAUGGAGCUUUACCAGGUGUCGAAGAAUUCAGGAAAAGCGAAUUUAUGUUCACAGACACGUCUAGGACUGAAGACAACUCCGGUGCUUCAAAUUUGUUUGACAAAACAGCAAACAAAUCAGAAGAUCCUAGUACAGACAAUUUGGAUACCAGACUUCAACAAGAAACAACUGAUCAAGAUUUUGCAAGAGCCUCAAGUGCAUCCUUUGAUAGAACAAGGCAGCAAUUUGAGGACUAUUCUGAAGGAGCGACUUCAAAUUUCUUUGCUGGUAAUAAAGAAACCAAUGAAGACUGUGAUAGUGGUAUAAUGGUAAAUGAUUCUAGUUCUGUUCUGGCAUGUUCUGUAGUUGAAAAUGAUAAUACAAGGCAAGAGGAACUUCCUAAACUGGAACUCAUACGUCCAACCAGAUGCGCAUCUUUAGACCGAAAACGGAUUUUGCGAUCCCAAGACUUCCAUCCUAACCAAUCCAGACAACGUAAAUUAUCAUCAGAUGUAUCUUGUGCCUCCAAUAUCCACCAAGAUAUCAUAUAUUGCCAGGAUGUGCCAAUACACAAAACCAGCAUAGUUAUUGGUACAGAAACUUCUGCAAAAGAUAAUUUAACCAUGAAAAUCCAUGUGCCACUACCUCCUAAAGAAAAAUUAAAACGAAAGGCUAGUGAAUUCCGAUUGGUAAGACUUGUAAAAAAGUUAGAUGACGAGGAUUUGGGGAUUGUUAUCAAACAAGAUGAUUUUUGUAUCAUUGAACAAAUUGUUGAAGGAGGCCUGGCUGAUAGGGAAGGCACUUUACGUCCUGGCGACGAAAUCGUGAACAUCGGCAACCAACGUUUAGCAAAACUACCUUUGGUUCAAGUCGAAGCAAUUUUAGCCUCAACUGGUAAAAUAGUUGAUUUAGUUAUCAGAAGACGUGUAGUUGAUGUAGUUGACUUAAAACUACCCACACCAGUAGACAUAGAUUACAAAUCCUUAGCCACAUCAUGUCUGGACAUCACAAAACCACCUGAACUCACCCAAACCAAAACAGAACUUUUACCCCAAGAUCAAAAUAUUAUUACCAAACGUCGUCAAUCGAUAGAGCAAACUUUUUCUUCGAUGAAUUUCUGUACUUUACCCCGUCGGCCGAAAUCGAGUGCCUGCACUUUCCAUACAGUUCUUUUCGAAAAGGGUCAAGGGAAAAAAAGUUUAGGGUUCACAGUCGUCGGUGGCAGAGAUUCUCCGAAGGGCAACAUGGGUAUUUUUAUCAAAAGUAUUUUGGAGAGUGGACAGGCUGCCGAUGAUGGUCGAUUGAAGGCUGGUGAUGAAAUUUUGGCUGUCAAUGGUAAUGUUUUUGAUAAUUUGUCGCAUUCGGAGGCUGUUGCUGUUUUUAAGGGCAUUAAGAGCGGACCUGUUGCCCUGCAUGUUUGUAGACGAGGCCUCAAAGGGGUAAAGGGGUAAAGGACAAGGGGUAAAAAACAACUAUUUGUUUGAUAAUGCUGAGAAGUUUUGCAAAAACCAAUUAUAAGUUUUUGGAUCAAUAUUGUAAAGGACACGCGCCGAUUUUUUUCUACGAAGUCGAUGAUUUAUGAUGAUUUACUGGUGGAUCAAUAUUCAAAGGAAGUUUGAUGGAAAAGAAUUUUAUAUUAAGAUGUUGACCAAUUAAAGACAUUUACUGUAAAAAUAAUUGU